UCCCCAAGUCGAAGUCGAACAAAACUACAAUCGCCGUAAUCGUGCCGUCGCCGCCUCCAACCUCCGCCGCCGUCGCCGCCUCCAACCUCCGCCGCCGUCGCCGCCUCCAACGUCCGCCGCCGUUGCAGCCUCAUCCAUGCUCAGCUCGUCGCCUUCUCCGUCUCUGCUCGCUACUGUGAUUAUAUAUAUGGUGAAAGGGGUUGAUAAUAAAAUCCCAAGCAACAGAGAAUGUUGGGGGAUUUUAGUAUUUGUUUACAGAGUUUGUAUACUAUUGAGCAGAAAAAAGAGCAGGUGGUUGCAUUGGUUUGAUCUCUGGAAUUGGAGGAAUAAGGAGGGUCCACCAGCCUUGGUGGACCUACCUGAGGCUAGAAGCAGCAAUCCAAAGCCUCAAAGGUGGAGGGUUGUUGCUGCUAGAUGGUGCAGAACAGAAUCUGAACUGCAGUUCCAGAUCUAUUUGGUUGCAGAAGUUGUAACAUCCCAAGUCUUUAUUAAGAGGAGGGAUGUUGCAGCCAUGAUGUUGAUUCCUCCUUGGAAAAUGAUGCAUAAGGAUGACUAUAAUAAUUGGGUUGCUAGAGCUCUUGAAAGGAAAAAGUGAAGAUCCAUGGGGCUGAGUGGACUCUGGUGGUGAGAUCUGAAGUCUAUAACUGGAAUGCAGACAGAAAGGUUUGGUCUGCAGAAGCUGGUUAGCUAUUUGAUUUGCUGCUUGUGCUGGGUAUCUGAGUGUGGUGCUCAAUACUUGUCACGUAAUGUGCCUAGGUAUAUGUGUUAAAACAUCCAUACAUCCAUACUAUGCAUUUUCUGUAGCUUGAUAA